CAGCCAAGUUGGGAUGGGGGCUAGCAGCCACUGCCUGGCUCCCAAGAGGCCACCUGCGUACUAGAGGGCUCCCACCCAGGACUAUGAGCAGCUGAGAUGGACACGUCCGCCGCAGCCACUGCCACGGAGAAGAAAGAAGGCAAAAGUGGGAUUGCAGAGGGUGCUGCUUUCCCUGACCCGGGCAGGAAGACCUCUGCCCUGGCAGUGGCCACGGUGGCGGCGGCCGCAGCGGCAGCUGCCCAAGGAGUGCCGCAGCACCUCUUGCCGCCGUUCCACGCCCCCUUACCGAUUGACAUGAGACACCAGGAGGGAAGGUACCAUUACGAGCCUCACUCUGUCCACGGCGUGCACGGGCCCCCCGCCCUGAGUGGCAGCCCUGUCAUCUCCGACAUCUCGUUGAUCCGGCUCUCCCCACACCCCGCCGGCCCUGGGGAGACCCCCUUCAACGCCCCCCACCCGUACGUGAGCCCCCACAUGGAGCAUUACCUCCGUGCCGUGCACAGCAGCCCCACGCUCCCCACGAUCUCUGCAGCCAGGGGUCUCAGCCCUGCCGACGUGGUCCAUGAGCACCUUAAAGAAAGGGGACUGUUUGGUCUCCCCCCGGCAGGGACCAACCCCUCAGACUAUUACCACCAGAUGACCCUCAUGGCGGGCCACCCCACGCCCUAUGGGGACCUGCUCGUGCAGACUGGGGGCGCCACCGGCACACCCCAUCUCCACGACUACCUCAAUCCAGUGGACGUGUCGCGUUUCUCCAGCCCACGGGUGACGCCCCGCUUGAGCCGCAAGCGUGCGCUGUCUAUCUCGCCGCUGUCGGACGCCAGCCUCGACCUGCAGCGGAUGAUCCGGACCUCCCCCAACUCUCUGGUGGCCUACAUCAACAACUCCCGCAGCAGCUCGGCGGCCAGCGGCUCCUACGGGCACCUGUCGGCGGGCACCCUCAGCCCAGCCUUCGCCUUCCCGCACCCCAUCAACCCCGUGGCCUACCAGCAGAUCUUGAGCCAGCAGAGGGGCCUGGGCUCGGCCUUUGGACACACACCACCCCUGAUCCAGCCCUCGCCCACCUUCCUGGCCCAGCAGCCCCUGGCCCUCACCGCCAUCAACACCACGCCCACCCAGCUCAGCAGCAGCAGCAACUGUCUGAGCGACAGCAGCCAGAACAAGCAGAGCAGCGAGUCGGCUGUGAGCAGCACCGUCAACCCCAUCGUCAUCCAUAAGCGCAGCAAAGUCAAGACGGAGGCCGAGGGCCUGCGACCAGCCUCCCCGCUGACCCUGACGCAGGAGCAGCUGGCUGACCUCAAGGAGGACCUGGACAGGGACGACUGCAAGCAGGAGGCGGAGGUGGUCAUCUACGAGACCAACUGCCACUGGGAAGACUGCAGCAAGGAGUACGACACCCAGGAGCAGCUGGUGCAUCACAUCAACAACGAGCACAUCCACGGGGAGAAGAAGGAGUUCGUGUGCCGCUGGCAGGCCUGCACGCGGGAGCAGAAGCCCUUCAAGGCGCAGUACAUGCUGGUGGUGCACAUGCGCCGGCACACGGGCGAGAAGCCGCACAAGUGCACGUUCGAGGGCUGUUCGAAGGCCUACUCCCGCCUGGAGAACCUGAAGACACACCUGCGGUCCCACACCGGGGAGAAGCCGUACGUGUGUGAACACGAGGGCUGCAACAAGGCCUUCUCCAACGCGUCCGACCGCGCCAAGCACCAGAACCGCACCCACUCCAACGAGAAACCCUACAUCUGCAAGAUCCCGGGCUGCACCAAGCGUUACACGGACCCCAGCUCCCUCCGGAAGCACGUGAAAACCGUCCACGGCCCGGAUGCUCACGUCACCAAGAAGCAGCGCAACGACGUGCACCUGCGGGCCCCGGUGUUCAAGGAGAACGGGGACAACGAGGCCAGCACGGAGCCCGGCGGCCAGGGCUCUGAGGAGAGCGCCGAGGCCAGCAGCACCGGCCAGGCCACGGAGGACUGCCUGCAUGUCAAAGCCAUCAAGACCGAGGGCUCCGGGCUGUGUCAGUCCAGCCCCGGGGCCCAGUCUUCCUGCAGCAGUGAGCCCUCUCCCUUGGGCAGUGCCCCCAACAAUGACAGCGGUGUGGACAUGCCGGGGACAGGGCCUGGAAGCUUAGGAGACCUGACAGCUCUGGAUGACACGCCCCCAGGGGCCGACACCUCAGCCCUGGCUGCUUCUGCUGGUGGCCUGCAGCUGCGCCAACACAUGACCACCAUGCACCGGUUAGAGCAGCUCAAGAAAGAGAAACUCAAAUCACUUAAAGACCCCUGCUCGUGGGCCGGGCCCGCUCCACACACCCGGAACACCAAGCUGCCUCCCCUCCCAGGAAGUGGCUCCAUCCUGGAAAACUUCAGUGGCGGUGGGGGCGGCAGGCCGGUGGGGCUGCUGCCCAACCCGCGGCUGUCCGAGCUGUCGGCCAGCGAGGUGACCAUGCUGAGCCACCUGCAGGAGCGCCGCGACAGCUCCACCAGCACGGUCAGCUCGGCCUACACCGUGAGCCGCCGCUCCUCUGGCAUUUCUCCGUACUUCUCCAGCCGCCGCUCCAGCGAGGCCUCGCCCCUGGGCGCCGGCCGCCCGCACCACGCCAGCUCGGCGGACUCCUACGACCCCAUCUCCACCGACGCGUCCCGUCGCUCCAGCGAGGCCAGCCAGUGCAGCGGCGUGGGCGCCGGGCCGCUCAGCCUGACGCCCGCACAGCAGUACAGCCUGCGCGCCAAGUACGCGGCGGCCACGGGUGGGCCGCCCCCCACGCCGCUGCCCGGCCUGGAGCGCGGGAGCCUGCGGGCUCGGCUGGCUCUGCUGGACGCCUCCGAGCGCCUGUGGGGGCCCCGGCGGGGGAGUGGUGGGCCGGCCUAUGGCCACGCGGGGCCCGCACCCGCAUUCCCCCAUGAGGCACCUGGCAGCGGGGCGCGGCGGGCCAGUGACCCAGUGAGGCGUCCCGACGCCCUGGCUCCACCACUGGUACAACGCUUCCACAGCGCCCACGACGUGAACCCGGGCCCACUGCCACCCUGCGCGGCGGAGAGGCGCGGCCUCUGCCUACAGGGUCCCGCCAGCACUGAUAGCCUAGCCCGGGGCACCUACUCGCCCCGACCACCCAGCAUCAGUGAGAACGUGGCGAUGGAGGCCAUAGCAGCCGGGACAGAGGGCGCAGGGCCUGAGGGCAGCCUCGUGCUGCCCGAGGACGACCUCGUGCUGCCGGAUGACGUGGUGCAGUACAUCAAAGCGCACGCGCAUGCCGGCGGGGCCCUGGGUGACAGCACCCUGCAGGCAUACCCCCGGGAAAGCCCCUGCUGCUCUGAGCAUCCCAAACUGCCCAGCCCGGGGCUGCAUGGCCCGCGCAGGAUGGCAGCUGCGGACUCCAACGUGGGCCCCUCUGCCCCUGUGCUGGGAGGCUGCCAGCUGAGCUACGGAGCCCCCUCUGGCCUGAACAAGAACAGCAUGCCUGUACAGUGGAAUGAGGUGAGCUCUGGCACCAUGGAUGCCCUGACCAGCCAGGUGAAGCCUCCACCCCUUCUGCAGGGCAACCUGGCCAUGGUGCAGCAGAAGCCAGCCUUUGGCCAGUACCCGGGUUGUAGUCCACAAGGCCUGCAGCCGAGCCCUCGGGGUCUGGACAGUACCCAGCCACCCCUGCAGCCCUGCAGCGGAGCCCCCUCUGUGCCCAGGAUAAAUUACAUGCAGCAGCUCCGGCAGGCAGGAACAGGUGGCCAGUGCCCCAGCAUGACCACCACAGUGAGCCCCCACGCCGGCUACGGCCAAGCCCACCCCCAGCUGAGCUCCAGUACCAUGAGCGGGGCCCUGAAUCAGUUCCCCGCAUCCUGCAGCAAUCUGGUAGCCAAGCCAGGCCACCUGGGGCUCCCCCAGCAAAUGGAAGUUGCUCCCGACCCCUCCAUGAUGGGUAGCAGCCGCAGGGAACUUGGGGCCCCCAAUUCUACCCUGGCUGGUAUGGCACCACCGCAUGCAGCCCAGAGCUACCCACAGCAGAGCCAUCACAUGGCAACCUCCAUGAGCCAGGAGGGCUACCACCAGGGCCCCAGCCUUCUGCCUUCCCACCAGCCUGGCUUCAUGGAGCUCCAGCAGGGCACAGUGGGGCUGUCUGGAUCAAGCUUUGGCCUAGUGCAACCCCGGCCACCUCCUGAGCCCAGCCCUGCAGGCCGCCACCGUGGGGUACGUGCUGGGCAGCAACUGGCCUAUGCCAGGGCUGUUGGCCAUGCCAGGGCCACUGUGUCAGCCAACCAGGAGAUGGCAGAGUCUAGACCCAAGGGAGCGAUGGGCACUCUGGUGUCCCUGCCUCCUCAGCUGCCCCCACAGGACACAGGCGGGGCCCAGGAUCACAACAUGCUCUGCUAUUAUGGCCAAAUCCACAUGUAUGAACAGAAUGGAGGCCUGGAGAACCAGCUAGGUUGCCAGAUCAUGAGGCCCCAUCCACCGCAGCCACAGGCCUGCCCGGAGAGCAUCCAGCCCUUGCCUUCACCAGGGGUCAGCCAGGUGUCCAGCACUGUGGACUCCCAGCUACUGGAGGCCCCCCAGAUCGAUUUCGAUGCCAUCAUGGAUGACGGCGAUCACUCGAGCUUGCUCUCGGGGGCCCUGAGCCCCAGCCUCCUCCACAGUCUCUCCCAGAACUCCUCUCGCCUCACUACCCCCCGGAACUCCCUGACUCUGCCCUCCAUCCCCACGGGCAUCAGCAACAUGGCCGUCGGGGACAUGAGCUCCAUGCUCACCAGCCUGGCCGAGGAGAGCAAGUUCCUGAACAUGAUGACCUAA